AAUCACAUUCUACUCCACCACAUCUCACCUAUAGUAAGGGGCAGUUGUAAUUGAUCAGCCUUAAUGACCAGAAACCCUCCAGUGGAAGAGUACGAGAUGACUGACAACCUCUUGAGUGCAGACAUCUCGGGGUCUGCGUCAGUCGAUACUCCUACUGGCCCUGAGGCUGAAUCUGAUUCAGACCAAGACAGUGUCACAUCCACGAUCUUUGAUCAAUUGGCAUCCACCAGCGACGAAACUGACUUCCACAACGACGAGGUGUUCCAAACAGUGUUACAGCAGUACAAGGGGGUUACUAAAAGUCCAAAAAUGUGUCUAAUAAUAUCUGGUAUUGGAUUUCUUGUGUGGGUAGUAUCUCUUAUUGUGUACGCCAACGUUAGCGUCAGCGACAUUACUUCCAAGUGGAAGUGGCAGACAACCGUCCAAAUGAGCGGCUUCAAUGUCACCCUAAGUCCGUACAGCCCCCAGCGGAAAAACCUUACCAUGACAAGUAUGAGAAAUGGAGAUGUGUUGCCAACGUUCAAAUAUGUUCGAUGGUUGAACAGAGACCAAUAUCCCACCUCCAAGUCCGGGGCCGGCUACUUCAUGACAAGAGGUCCCAAAGGGAGCUACGUGCUCCAGAACCAGAAGACGGCCGAAACCGAUAUGUUCAUUGAAAACAUCCAGUUUGCCUAUGAGAAUAACUUCUUCUACGUUGAAGAUGUGAUUCUAAAUCCUGCCAGACCCAUCAAUGAUCCGCUGGCCUAUCAUGUGUUAGUGACCGACUCGGUUCGCCAAUGGAGGCACCUGUCGUUUGCGCUAUACUGGCUUUACCGACCUGCUACCGAUGAGUAUAUUCCCAUUCAGCCUGCGAAUCUUGUGCAAUCCCGUUCGCUAAUAAAACUACACUUUGUAGAGUUCAGUCCCGAUGGACAGAAGGUCUUGUUUGGUGUCAACCAUGACCUUUAUGUGUAUACCUUGGAGACCAAGGAAAUCACAACCAUAACCAAUGAUGGUUCUCCAGAUAUCUUCAAUGGGAAGCCCGACUGGGUAUAUGAGGAGGAGAUUCUAAGCUCAGACAGAUCCGUCUGGUGGUCUCCAGAUAGUGAAAACAUUGUGUACUCAUGUAUCAACAAUACGGGUGUUUUUGAGUAUGAAAUCGAUUAUUAUGUUAAAGAUGCAAAUGACAUUGGAAUGACUUAUAGCCUUGAAUCCGAGCACAAACUUAACGGGGUAAGCCAGUACCCUAUCAAGAAGAACUAUAAGUACCCCAAACCAGGAACGACAAACCCUGUGUUAGGCCUCAAAAACUUCAAUUUCAAACUGCAGAAGCACACAAUUCUUAAACCUCGAUCGCAGUGGUCAGACUUUAUUCUUUAUGAUGCUCUGUGGAUCGAUAAUGAUCACUUCCUCGUUAAGAUCUCCGACCGAACCAGCUCAAUACAAUCCAAACAGGUUUUGACAAUCUCCACCAAUAAGUUCAAGGAAAUAGAUGAGGUCGAUGCGGCAAUUGGAUUUGGAGGCUGGUACGACAAGUAUUCUACCAUUGUUCCUGUCAACGGUGGAUACCUUGACAAAAUCGUCCACAAAAACAGGACCCACUUGGCGUUCUAUGAGACUCCCUUGGCCAGAGCUCCAAGAAUGCUCACAUCUUCUUCUACCUGGGAUGUACUUGAUCUGGCACCCGUGGUAUAUAACGCCAACGAACAGCAGGUUUACACUUUGGCCAACAUUAAAGGAUCAAUGGACGUGCAUUUAAUCGGUGUGACAUUAGACUCCAAAGUGGAGUUCGUGCUUGGUAACGACAAAGAAGGAAAAUAUUCCUUCACUAGCGAUAGGGAUGGCCAAUAUAUUCUAUUGGAGUAUGGGGGUCCCGAAAUACCGUACCAGAAGAUCAUAAGCACGGGAGACCUCAACGUACAUGACAACAUGAACGACUACUUAUCAGAGGUGAAGAUGGUGAGUUUUUAUGACGACACCAAAAAAGCCGUUGAUCUGUACAACUUGCCAACCAAGGUCUUCAGGACCAUUCAAGUGAACCAUGUACCUAUUAAUGUCUUGGAGAUCCUUCCCCCCAACUUCAACCCUAAGAGAAAAUACCCAUUAUUAGUUAACGCAUAUGGAGGACCCGGGUCCCAAUCUGUCACCAAGAACUAUGAGGUUGGCUUUGAAGAAGUGGUGAGCUGCCAGCUAGACGCUAUUGUGUUGAAGAUUGAUCCAAGAGGAACAGACGGAUAUGGCUGGGAAACCAAGACUUAUGGAUUGAAGCAUAUUGGACAUUGGGAGCCUAAAGAUAUUAUUACUCUUACCUCGGAGUAUAUCCACAAGAACAAAUUGGCAAUUGACAAAGAAGCGGUUGCAAUUUGGGGAUGGUCAUACGGAGGGUUUACUACGUUGAAGACCCUUGAAACCGACAAGGGCAAGACGUUUAAGUAUGGGAUGGCUGUUGCUCCCGUUACUAACUUCCUCUUCUACAACUCAUUUUAUACCGAAAGGUAUAUGAAGUCACCCAAAGACAAUCAAAACUACUUGACUGAAUCAUUGAUAUCAGACUAUUCUGCUUUCAAAUCACUCAACAGGUUUUUAAUCAUGCAUGGUACAGCCGACGAUAAUGUCCAUAUUCAGAACCUGCUUUGGCUUCUAGACAAGUUUAACUCCAACGGAACAGAAAACUACGAUGUUCAUUUCUUCACUGAUAAUGACCACGGAAUUAGCUUUCAUAAUUCAGAUGUCAUCGUGUACGAUAAGCUCUUUCAUUGGGUACAAGAUGCAUUUUCGGGUAAGUUCAUAGAUUUUGUGUAAAUAGGUGAUGGGGGUUUUGUAUAAAUAUAUUAAAGGUUUUAAUCUAUCCAAGAGUAUUAUCUGAGCGUGUGAAAGAAGCUGAUUAUUUCAGUUUGUUC